AUGUCCAGAACAAAGUCAUAUUAUUGUUCAUGUUCAACAUGUACACAAAUACGAAAUGAACAACCAAAACAUUAUCGUUAUAUAAAUUUAUUUCGUUCUCUAUUUACAUGUUCCUGUUGUUCAUCAAAAAGAAAAUUAAUUAUCGAAAAACAGCAAACGUUUUCAUCAUUAAACAGUCCAAGAAUAUCAACAAUUACAUUUCGAGAUAUCGAUAUAACAAACAAACAUUGUUCAAAACACGAUGUUAUGGUCAAAGCAUCACGGCCAUAUUUUUCAAAAAUCAAAAACCAAGAAUUACGUCAACGCGUCAAAGAUGCAAAUCAACGUUGGACGCGAAUGUCUAUAUUACCAGCUAAUUUUAUUGAUUUUAUAUUUAAAAAUAAAGACUUCGUUCCACUUUGUACAAUAUGUUAUGAAAAUCUUUCACUAUUAGAGUUUAAUCUCUGUCAUACGUGUAUUAGAACUUUAAUUGAUUAUCAACAAACAAUUCAACAAACAAAUAUUUUACGAUCAACAAUUGAAGAUGACAAAAAAUACUUUAUCAAUUAUUCCUAA